CAAAUAAGGCUUAUCUGUCUGUCCAAUGGGAGGAGUUAGUCUUGUCCCUCCCGAUUGCAGACAGCUGAUGCAAACAUCCUGCCCCACCUAACCCAAAGGACACACAUGCACCCCUUCUAACCCUUGAGGCUGCUAAGCCACAUAGACAUGGGGCCCUGGAGGGCGAAAAAACAGCUUAGACAUGAUUCUGACCUCGUAUCAGUGGCCAGUGGUUAAUAUUUUGUCACUAAAAAUUCAGUUUAAUUCAAGGUUUUAUUCGAUCACUCAUUAUUCGGUGAAUUACUUGUGCCCUGAACACACAUAAUCCCAGUGAAUCUUACAACCAGUUGAGCCACUUUGAUGGAUUGCUGCCAUCGGGCCAUGAACAUGACGGCAGGAACAAGGUGUUUUUUGUUAUGAAGUUUUGUCAAAAGUGUUAGAUGUCACUCGUGACCGUUUUAUUACGACGUUAUAACGUGUGGGCGUGGUUCAUAAACACAGACUGUCCUUUGCUGAUGUGUCUUAAAAUUGUCGCAUAUCAGGUUUUGGCCACCUUUCAAUGCGUGCCAUAUACACUGACCCGCAGGUGCUCACUACGCAUGCGCCUUUAAAAACUCUUUAAAUACCCCAAGUCAUCUGCCACAAUAAAACAUUCCGCUGUCAGCCAGUGCUGAGCAGAAGGAGUCACUGGCACCCAGAGGCCUUGACAGAUACACGCAACAUCUUUACUUUUAAAUACGCGACUUCAGUUAUAUCGGCCACGAUCGGGAACCUGCCUGAGCAAUAGCGCGUUUGACCCGGAGUCUGUGCAGGGUAAAGUCGGGGGAGACGGACAGGAACAAACAAAGAUGGCUGUGUAGCCAGAGAGACGAGUCCCAGCAGAACCGUCUCUAGCCGCGACUUUAAUCACCGACAGCUCCCGUGGGUCCCGUCGACGGUCGGCCGGUACCGGAGCAGAGACGUUAGACGAGCAGCCGAGCCGGGCCGCUGGUAGGCAUCGUUGUUAUCCGCUGACGGCGCGAAUAACGGCGUCGAGAGCACAACAACAGCUGAGACGAGUUGUUUUUGUUCUGCAGAGCGAGAGGACGGCUGUGUUGUGUCAACGCAGCUAGCCGCGUAGUCCGCUAGCUAACUGUAAGUCAACAGCACUAGUUCACGUUUAAUUACGUCAUAGUUACAUUACACGGUCUCGUUAUUCCGCAAUAAUUUGCUUGUUAAAUUCCACGUUCGUAAGCGGCGUUAAUAUUAAUAAUAUUAGUAUAAAGUUACCAUUAGCCUGCAUUCCUGUCUGACAGCAGAGCUAACGUUAGCGAGCUGUCAGCUGACCGUUAGCUCGGAGCUAACCUGCUAACGCGUCAGACUCAGCCGGCUCGCGACAGCGACAAUUUAGACCCUUCUAGACAGUCAUCGCCAUGUCUUCGCUGGAAGAGAGCGAGGUGGGCGUCGUGGCCGCCCCCGGCUCCCCCUCGGCCGGCACGGGGGUCGGGGCCGUGGGGGCAGCGGCGGAGGCUGUCGCUGGGGUUGCGGCCAUGCAGGAGGAGGUCGGGAUACGGCGAGAAGAGCCCGAGCCUCACCCGGACGAGCCACCCAAGAAGAGGGUGAGGGUGCCCGAUGGAGAGUCAGGAAAGCUGGAGGACAGACUGUACUCAGUGCUGUGCUGCACCGUGUGCCUAGACUUACCCAAGGCGUCUGUGUACCAGUGUUCAAAUGGACACCUGAUGUGUACAGGCUGUUUUAUCCACCUCCUGGCGGAUUCUCGCCUCAAGGAGGAACAGGCCACGUGUCCCAACUGCAGGUGUGAGAUCAGCAAGAACCUCUGCUGCAGGAACCUCGCGGUGGAGAAGGCUGUCAGUGAGCUGCCGACAGAAUGUAACUUCUGCCAGAAACAGUUCCCCCGCUCCAGCUUAGAGAGACACCAGAAAGAGGAGUGCCAAAACAGGGUGACACAGUGUAAGUACAAGAGAAUUGGCUGCCCUUGGAAAGGGCCCUUCCACGAGCUGCCAGCACAUGAGGACGAGUGCUCCCAUCCCACUAAGACUGGUACAGAGCUGAUGGGAAUACUGGGAGAGAUGGACCAGAACCACCGCAGAGACAUGCAGCUCUACAACACCAUCUUCAGCCUGCUCUGCUACGAAAAGAUCGGCUUUACAGAGGUGCAGUUCAGGCCGUACCGCACGGAUGACUUCAUCACUCGUCUGUACUAUGAGACACCGCGCUUCACCGUUCUCAACCAGACGUGGGUGCUGAAGGCUCGCGUCAACGACUCUGAGCGCAACCCCAACCUGUCCUGCAAGCGCACGCUCUCCUUCCAGCUCCUCCUCAAGAGCAAGGUGAACUCUGCCCUGGAGUGCUCCUUCCUGCUGCUGAAGGGGCCGUACGACGACGUGCGGAUCAAGCCGGUCAUCCACCACCACUCCUUCUGCAACGAAGCCAACGAGACCGACUACGUCCCUCUGCCCAUCUGCGAUUCGGUGGAGUGCAACAAACUGCUGGCCGCCAAAAACAUCAACCUGCGCCUGUUCAUCUUCCAAGUCCAAAAAUAAAGAGUGAGGGAGGAGGAAGAGGAGGAGGAGGAGGAGGAGUAGGAGGGGGAAGAGAAAGAAGAAGAGCAGGAGGAUGGAAUGGACAAAGAAGAAGAAGGUUGACGGCGGGUGAGGGUCUGAGAGACUGGAGUGAUUAAGAUUAAAGAGAGACACCUCUUAAUACUUACACACACACAUACACUCACAUACAAUCACACACACACUCACGCAGGGUACACACGCCUAAAGACACACAUCACUAAUUACACGUACCUCCUUUUACAAGAUAGUGAGACCCGUUGCUCGGGGAGCUGUGCGUUGCUAUGGAAAUGGGUGGGUAUUGUUCAGAGAUGGAGGUGUGGGGUGAGGGACGUGGUGGUUGGUGUGUACCUGUGGAGGCCAGGUUGUGUCUGACCUUUGCCCCCUGACACCGGCAGCCAAAGGUAGCACAUGCACCAAACUAAGUAGGACUUCUGGGUGCAUAUGUUGCGUGCAUGUGCAUGUGUGUGUGAGUGUGUAUGUGUGUGUGUGUGAGAGAGAAAAAGAAAAUGAAAAAGAAAGUAAAGUGAGUGCAGCCCAAACUCUGCUUUUUAUUUUGAAAUGCCCCAAAGAUGUGAAAAUAGAGUGAUCGACUCUAUUCUGAGCUGUUCUUUGAACAAGAGAAUGGAUGUAAAGGGUGUGCGCGUGCGUGCGUGCGUGCGUGUGUGUGUGCGCGUGCGUGCGUGUGUGUGUGUGUGUGUGCCCCUUACCUCUGCACACUUUAUGCCUGAGUCUAGUCAAAGAUUUAUUUUGGUUUUGGCAGAAGUGUCCCGUUUGCGUCUCAAGCUUUGCCAGAGCAGAUGAAAGACGGCGUGACCCCAGUGACCCCGAAUACCAAGAGGAGAGAUGACCUGGCUGCAUGCAUAUUUUAGUUCCUCGACUUCUUCCUGAAUCUAGCUGUGGUUAUAUUUAACCUGCAACACUAAUACGAUUUUUUGUCUUCUCUUAACCCUAAAUAUUUAAGUAUCUAUGAACUUUAAACAUUUCUUUAUUUGGGUUUUAGCAUGUGACUGGCUGCUGUGUGAGUGUAAACAGAUCAAAACCGUGAGAUUCAAGUUCUCAUGUGCAAAACAGAACAAUCCUUCACGACAUCGUCGGCCCCAUCAAAACCCAGGUUCACUGCGUCAGCUGCUUUUUCGGCAUUUGAUUAUUUGUAGAUCUAUUUGGGAAUUUGCACCCCUGCAUUACAAUAACAACUGGGUUCUGCAUCACGAAAGAUCCAUCACCUUUAUUAUUUCCGUUAACAGCAUGAUCACCGGUUUAUCAAAGCUUCAAGGUAGUCAUCAAAGCGAGAUAAAUAAAUUAGCCAGUGUUAAUUUAUUGCAUCUAUAUUGGUGUACAUGUCGGCCGAUGAGUAAAAAAUACAUUUCGGGACAGAAAUGCAAAACAUUGUGAAACUGUCACCAAUACAGUGCCCACCAGAGAGCACUGAAACGUUUUAUGUUUCAACUAAAAAACAUCCCGCUGAGUGUGUCUUGAUUAUAAUGCGUAAAAAGAAACAGGACCCGUAAGAAGAUUGAUUUUUUAUGUUGUGUUAAUAAUCCGAUAUCCGAAAUAAAAUAUCCGCCCAAAGAUCCAGACGGGCUAAAUUCGUAAUAUCACUAAAUAUGUAAUUUCCUGCCAUCAAGGGAGAAAGACUGCGGACCUUUAUAAAAUAUGAAUUGGAUUAAAAUAUCCAAAGUAUCAGCACAAAAAAAAACAGUAUUAAGAGUUUUUUGGGUACUUUUCUUUCAUCAAACUACCACACACUGAUAUAGAGAACACCAGGGUGUGUUCCAGUCGGAGAGGAUCGGUUGGAUUUAUGUGCAAAAUGUAAAGAAGACCAGUCGUGUGAGAGUGAUGGAUGGACUGGGAGGCAACAGGGGCCCAUGGGGACGGUCUGGGGCCCUUCUGGACUGCUUCGUCUGCUCCGAGCUCGACGGCCCUCUGCAGAGCACUCCUCUGGAUAUCAGACUGACGGUGGUGAUGGAUGGUGUGUGUGUGUGUGUGUGUGUGUUUGGUGGGGGGGGGGGUUUCUGUUUUAGUUUUUUUUACCUCACCACGGCGACAUAUUAGCGUUAGACUUACUUGAACGAGAAGAUGUUACUGAAGUAGAUUCUACUGUAACGCAGAUAGAUCUCUCUCCUCCUGACCUCUACUUCCUGUAUUUCUGUGUUUUAAUGCGUCGUCUCUUUGCCAGUGGACUCACUCAUCUCACUUUGGCUGUACAUGUGCCUUUUAUUAAAGAUCACGAAACCUGCA